UCAGGAUGUAGGAUAUUUCCUGUCCCACUGAGAAGUUUGUUUAGAGAACUAUUAACGACCACCACCCCUGAAAAGAUGCAAGCCUGCAUCACAAGGGAGUGUUUAAUGGUAAUCCAGGUUAGAAGAUGCCUAGAGACAAAUAUGAUAAGUAUGACUCACCUAAUCCAAGACGGACUCAUACGUUCAUGUCUGCAGAAGAUGUAGCAGCUGGAAAAAAGUCCACAUGGACUGAACUGGAAAUCACAGGAACUGUUAGAAAUUUGGGUCCAGAUUUAUGGAAGCUACAGCAUUUGACAUCUCUAUACCUAAACCUGAACAGCAUCACAAGAAUCCCUCCAGAAAUCAACAGGUUGACCAUGCUGACCUACUUGGACCUGUCAAGCAAUAAGCUGAGGAGUUUGCCAUCUGAGCUUGGUGACCUUUCUCAACUCAGGGAACUCCUGCUCAACAACAACCUGAUCAGGAUGCUUCCGUUCGAGCUUGGGAAGCUGUUUAAUUUACAGACAUUAGGUAUCUUUGAUAUAGAUGUAUUGAAUGUAAAAAAAAAAAUAAUUAAAAAACAGACACGGGAGACUACUGUCACUAGAUGUAAAAUGAAGUGUACAGGCUGCUGAAUACAAGUUUCAUUUGCCUAUGCUAGCAUUUACCAUCCCUGUGAGAAAGAUAGAUUUGAAAUUGAAGGUACCAUUCCUGAUUAGUGAAAGGCUCUUUACUUUUGGCCAAAAGUAUAAAUAUCAAAUAGCGACACUCAAAUUCUAUGAUCAUGCCAACUUCAAGUCAAGUCACAAAAGAGAAAAAGUGAUAAGACCUCCUUUAAAAAUAGCUGUUGAAUCUUUCUUGACAUUAUUUUGUAGGUUGUGUGAGAUUGUACUCUUUCUGCCUAGACUUAUAAAUAAAGAAAAUGUUUAUUCAGUAUA